AUGCAGUCUCCGUAUCGUGACGACUUUUUCCAGACGACAACCUCAAUUAAGGAAAGUUGCCGUAAAGAAAAGAAAUCUGGCAAUAAAAAUGGGAAUCCUAUAAAACUACCUGGAAAGAUUUUAGCUAUUGCUGCCGAUCCAUUUAAGGCUAGCUCGGUAUUCGUUGCCGAGAGUUCUGGAGUCUUGAGAGCUGUUGCCCUUGAAGGUGGUGAAACGACAGCUAUAUACAAGGGACCCUCUGCUCCCUUAACAAGUCUUUGUUUCUCUACUGAUGGGACGACUGUGUUUGCGGGAUGCUGGGACAAGACCAUCUGGAGCUGGCAUGUAAAAACACGCAACCCUGGGCGUAAUUACGUCGGGCAUGUUGAUUUUGUGAAAGCAGUGCUUUGUUCCGAAUUCAAUGACAUGACCCUCCUAGUAUCUGGCGGAGCUGAUGCGAAGAUAAUUAUCUGGGAUUUACCCAACGGCGCACAACUUCAUGUGCUCCAAUGUCAUUCCCGCGGAAUUCAAAGCCUUGCUAUCGAUCCUAUUACACAUGAUAGCCGCUCUGUUUGCAUCUUCAGUGCUGGCAGUGAUCGGGCGAUAUUGGGGUUUGCGAUACGACCCGAUUCCAAGGACUUAACUGUUUUUGACCCGAUCCUCGAGCAUCAGACAAGCAUUUACAAGUUAUUUUUUGAUGACGAUGGAGAUUUAUGGACUGCAUCCGCAGAUAACACCGCAAAGUGUCUCACAAAAUCCAGUGCCUGGACCGCAAGUCUUACUUUAGAGCAUCCCGAUUUUGUGAAAGACGUUGUAGUCCAUGAAGCUGGAGGUUGGGUGAUCACUGCAUGCCGAGACGAGGAAGUUAGGGUAUGGGAUCGGGCAACUGGUACUCUACACCACACGUAUUCUGGCCACUUUGAAGAGGUUACUGGUUUGCUAUUACUUGGGCUGAAAAUAGUUAGUAUCAGCAUUGAUGGUACAAUUCGACAAUGGUCUAUACAUCCACAAGAUCUGCUUCGUGCAAAAAUGGAUAUACCUAAUGACGCUCUUACUCGAACUGCUGAACGUUCAUAUGACCUCUUGACGGAGGAAGAGGAACGCGAGCUAGCGGACUUGUUGGAUCAAGACUGA